CUCCACCUACCGCCUCACUGGUUCAAAAGUUCGGCAAAAUCGAUGUUUGUGGUCAGACGAGCCAUGGAUUGGUCCUCGAUUUGUGGCUGGGGAGGGGAAGGAAGCAAUUUCUCCCAUGGAGUACGCAGCCAGCCACACGGAAAAGAAUAAAGGAGCACCUGGGCGUGCAGUGUCGUGGCGUGGUGUGCCGUGUGGAUUUCAUGAAAGGAUGCCACAGCUCUUUUGAUGCAAUCGCAGCUCAAGAAACAGGAAAUCCCGAGGUGCUAGCUGGUCGGAAUGGGUAAAGGCAGCAACAUCCUCACCUCACACGUCAACCUUUCAUUACGUCGAUAUUUCGUUUUCUAGGUUAUCCAGGUCCGCCAUGCCACCAAACGUAUAUAUUUGAACUAGAUUUCUCCUGUAAGAUACCCUCAUUUCGCAUCUAGUGUCACCCGCUUCGCACGUCGUAGCUUGUUCGUAGUUUCUAGAGCGCUCUACGUUGUUCGCAGCACGUCGUGACUUGAAAACGACCCAGCCUUGCGUUUCUGUCCAGGAAAGCGCUGGCGACAUGUCAGGACUACCGUCCUCUUCUAACGACGCCUCUAGAGCAGCAGCAUUGGCAAGCGAUGCCGUUUCCGCUACUGAUGCCAGUAAUCUUCCUCCGGAGCCUCAAUUUAUAAUCCAAGAUGCUCCUCUUAACGAAGCCACUCGCGCCUCUGACGGACCCGUAGCUAACCCCCCACAGCCUCAUGUGCAUUCGCCGCCUGCGGACGAGCAUCACCCCAGGACCACAGGGCGCUCGGUCUCGGACUGGGAACAAGGCCCUCGGGGGAGCAUCCACUCCGAUCAAGCGCCGUCUUACACGGAAGCUGUUCGAGUGUACUCGUUGCCCAUUAUGGCGAAACAUGUCCAUAACGAGGAUGACGACGGCACGUCUUCUAGGGUUAGCGACGGAAUGAUUCAGAGCGGGCGGGACGAGCACAUGGACGGCGAGAAAGGCGUGGAUGGGGAGGAUGCGAGAGACGGCGCGUCCAACAUGCGACGAGCCGCCACGGACCUCCCGCGGUCCAAGUCCCCCUACACGCGGCGAUCCGCGUACCUGACGGGCCGGCAACGCGCGGCCGUGGCGUCGAGAUUCUACAACGAGCUGAAGCGGAACACGCAAGUGGGGGACGACUACAAGGUGCAGAUUCACACGGACAACUUCCCCAGGGAGCUCCAGGAGGAGUUUCUGCAGAUGUUCUCGCAGCCGCAGGACCAGGCCGGCAUGGAGGGCGCCGUCAUUGCGCCGCGCGCCGCGGAGAGCGUGGGGAAGCUGAAUAUCUGCAUCCUGAUUGUGGGCACGCGCGGGGACGUGCAGCCAUUCAUUGCUAUUGGCCAGAAGUUGAAGAGCUACGGGCACCGCGUGCGGCUGGCGUCGCACAGCAACUACCGCGAGUUCGUCAUCAUGGGCGGCCUCGAGUUCUACCCCCUGGGCGGCGACCCCAAGGUGCUCGCGGAAUACAUGGUGAAGAACAAGGGCUUUCUGCCGUCCAGUCGGCAGGAGGUAUUGGUGCAGCGCAAGCAGCUCAAGUCCAUCAUCUUCUCCACGUGGCCCGCCUGCACCGAGCCCGACCUCGCCAGCAACGGCGCGCCCUUCAGAGCCGACGCCAUUAUCGCCAACCCACCUGCCUAUGGUCACACCACGGUGGCAGAGGCUCUGCAGGUGCCCCUCCACAUGUUCUUCACCAUGCCAUGGAGCAUGACAACGGAAUACCCCCAUCCCUUGGCUGGCGAGAUGCCCGCCUACACAGGCUAUGAAAACCAGCUGUCGUACGUGGUGGUGGAGGGGCUGCUGUGGCUGGGCGUGAGGGACUUCAUCAACAGUUUCCGCAAGAAGCUCAAGCUGCCGCCCAUCCCCCUGCGCAACCGCCCCAAGCUGCGCAUCCCCUUUGGGUACAUCUGGAGCCCCACGCUCGCGCCCAAGCCCCAUGACUGGGGCAACCUGAUCGACGUGGUGGGCUUCUGCUUCCUGAACCUCGCGGAACACUACUCGCCCCCGGACCACAUCCAGCAGUGGCUCGACUCCGGCCCGCCGCCCAUCUUCAUCGGCUUCGGCAGCCUGCCGGUGUCGGACCCCAAGGGCCUGACAAAGCAGUUUGUGGAGGCACUAGAGCGCACGGGGCAGCGCGGAAUACUGCAGGAGGGAUGGGGCGGGCUGGGCAAGAUGGAAACGUCCAACGACAACGUGCUGGUGAUCGGCAACUGCCCGCACGACUGGCUCUUCCCGCGCUGUAGGGCCGUGCUGCACCACGGGGGCGCCGGCACCACUGCUGCCGGGCUCAAGGCAGGGUGCCCCACCACCAUCAUCCCCUUCUUUGGCGACCAGCCCUUCUGGGGGGCUCGUGUGCAUGCAGCAGGCGUGGGGCCGGAGCCCAUCCCCAUCCGGCAUCUCUCGCUCGAGAAGAUAGUGGCGGCCAUCGAGUUCAUGGUCCAAGACGAGGUGGUGGCAGCGGCCAGGGCAAUGGCAGUUCAGAUCUCCAGGGAGGACGGGGUGAACGGCGCAGUGGAGGCCUUCCACAAGCACCUGCCGACGGGGUAUCGAUCCGAAGAGCACUGCACGCCGUGGCUGGAGGCCACUCCCAGUGGGCACCUGGACUACAGUGGGGAGUGUGCGUGCUGGCCCUGGAGCUGCUGGGAUGGCGGCGAGAAGGAGCAGGCGGAGGAGGCGACGGAGAAGGGAAAGAGCUGACGCUGGGGUGGAAGUCCAUAAAGGUCACUAGGCGCACUACAUGCCGUGGCUGGAGGCUACCCCCAGCGAGCCCCUGGACCAGCGAGUGCUGUGGCGGGGAGUGCGGGUGCUGGCCCUGAAGCUGUGGGGAGGCUAGUGUAAAGGAGGACGAGGCUAGGGAGACGGGGUAGCCGGGUUGAGAUGUUGGAAUGGAUGCACGCCCCGGGCCGUGGAACUGUUGGGGUGCAGCUGUUACCGUAUGUAACCGAAUAACUAAGCAUACUACUACAUAUGUUAUUGAGGGCUUGUUUUGUUUCCUGGCUAACCAGUUUCUCUGCCA